AUCACCGAUGCCCGAGCGCCAUCCUUCGCUCAGAUGCAUCAGCCCGUCGAGCACCCCCGCAUCCCUGUUGACACCGUCUGUCUCUCGGCCGUCGACACCCCCCAUCCACGAUCCAUAGCGCUUGCCUCGGACCGUCCACGGCGCUCGUCCUCCCCGGCUGGCCUGGCGCUCUUUGGCUCAAUCCUGGACCGAUGCCCACCCGAGAUCCUGGCCCAUGUAUGCGAAUUCCUCGUCCAGAGGGACAUGUACGCUCUGGCGCUGGUGUCUCGUCGGCUGCAUCAACUGACGACGCCGUGCCUGAUGGCUCGUCCCCGGCUUCGAUCGAUCGAGCAGCUCGUCAAGUUUGCUGCGACGCUCGAGUGCAUCCAACAUCUGUCCACCCCGGCUGGCUCGACUGAUACCAGAGGCCGAUAUGCCCACUGGGCCGAACACACCCGGCUGACGCAUUACAUCCUGGCCAGUCUGUAUUCCCUCGAUCUAUCGGCCCUGGUCGGCGCCAAGUCCAAGCUCACUCCGCAGCUUGUGUGUGGCCUGAUCGCCUCCACGCUGAUCCACACAUCAAGCCCCCGGCCAGCCUCGGCCCUCAAGUCGCUCAAUCUCGCGGACGCAUAUCUUCUCGAUUCGCAAACUCUCGCCUCCAUCAUCGACAUGUGUCCAUCCCUCGUGCACCUGAAUCUCAUGGGCUGUCGCGUGGACAUUGUCAACGAUGCCUUUCUCCAAACCAUAUCGGAAAAGUGCCCCAACCUGCGCUCGCUGUUGAUGGAUGGGUGGGCUACUUCGGGGCGGGGAGUCGCCCAUCUCAUGAUCAACAGCCUCUAUCUGUCCGAGUUGCAAGUAUCACCGCGGCUCCAAAACUGGGAUGAGGCAAGAGCCCUCUUCAGCUCAACUUUAGACCCAACCACUCGCUCCGCCGCCUUGGAAUCGUUGACGAUCCGAAAGAUCCCAAUAGCAGUUCGCAGCAGGCGGUCCGACCAGCCCGUCGCCAUGGCCCUGGCUGCCCUGCUAGAGUUCUUUGGGCGGAAUCUCCGACAACUAUCGCUGGAACAUCAUCACGAUCUACCCGACCAAGAGUCAUGGCAAGCUCUGCUCGCGAUGGUACCGAGGUUGCAUACCCUGAGCUUCCGACACUCUAAAAUCUCGGAGGGAUAUCUGGCGCUUCUCAUCCGACUACUCCGGGAUUCUGCAGACUCAACAUCGCACGGUCGCUCACCACAGUCGAUCCGACUCGGCAGCUGCGGCCUCGAAGACAUGCACGCCCUUGGGCUGCCAUCGGCCCAGCUCGAGUUUGUCCAAGAGCUGGAUCUCUCAGGCAAUCCCCGACUCUCCAACAGGGCCACCAUAGUCAUCCUUCAGCACUUCCCGUGUCUGCGGUCCCUCAACCUCAAUGGCGUGACGCUUUUGCCAUACGCCGCUGCCCAGCUUGUGGAAUGCUGUCCGCUGUUAGAAUCCCUCGUUGCUGGUAGCAAGCGGCAGAGCCUCAGGGAUCUGUCCGUGUGGGUGCACACCCACCGCCCAAGGCAUCUCGGUGAGCUUUGGCUCUCGAUUUCUUACCAAGACUGGGAUGAAGUUUUGGACGAGACUUUGGACCAGGCCGCGAGUGCAGAUGGCCCGCUUCGCCGGGAAGACCUCGACUUGAUCACCGAUCUUGCCACCGCUGUGGAAUCCCUCAAAGCAGUUCACUUGAAGAUCUCAGCCUUGGAGGCGUGUGCAGAGACAGAGGCUGUAUUUCCCGCCUCACUCCGGACCGACCGGCUGCGGAGCCAAACACUUGUGCUUCCACCAAGCGCUGGCAGCCGGAAAGUGGCUCUCGACAUUGAGUACCAAGAGCUCUGAGACAGCCCCAGCCAUCGCCCGGGAUUGCUUUCGAUUCGGAUGAGCACGGCUGGUUAUCCCGCCAGUGAUUUUUGAACCCCAAUACAUACGAUCGUGUGGCCAU